AAAGUCGCCAGUCAAUCUUCCGUGUCGGAGUCGAACCCGCGGCUCGGAAUUGAUCGGCUCUUGCCCCUGACUCACCAAGUUACCUGUCUCUAAUCUCAUCUCCACAUUACUCCGCAUUGGGUUUGGCCCAACCUACUCAGAAUUACUCGCACAUCUCCUUGAAGUGCCAUGCCUAAAGCUAGCAAGUCUUCUCUCAAACAAUCCACCAUCUCUUUCGGAGCAUCUAAGCGCACCGCCUCGAACAACAGCAAGAGCGGAAAACCGAGCCGCUCCAGCUUCGCACCUCCUGUUCCCCCGAGAGACGAAAUCGAGAUCUCCGACGACGAAAAUGAUACAGUAUUGGAUGUGAUAGAGAAGAUUGACUCGGAGGAGGGAGAGAUGCCGGCACGACGCAGCACACGCAAGGCUGUCGCUACGCCCAAGAAGAAGGUCAUUACGGUGACUCGGCCGAAGUCCGACCGCAAGGCGGCGGGCCCGUUCGGACCGUUGUUCAGUGCUGCGAGGCGGGCCAGGACUGGACAGAACCUCAUUCAUUGUCAAGGGCAGGACGACUUGCAUGAUGUGCUGAGAGUCUUCGACUUAACCUAUGAAUUCGGACCCUGCAUCGGAGUCACGCGGCUUGAGCGCUGGGAACGAGCUCAAGCCUUGGGAUUGAAUCCGCCUCCCCAGAUUAAGGAUAUGCUACUGUCAUCCGAAGGCCAGGAUGACGGUCACCAGCACUGCGUUUUCACCGGCCAGGUCUAAAUUGAGACGGUGUUUGUGUUUUUGUGAGCAACUUUGCACAUCGCUGUGUAGGUCAUUGAAAUCUCGGUCAGCUAACAGUGUACUCUUUUUGUAUUGCAUCUUGCCCCUGUUGCUCUGCAGACCCUGCGACCGUCAUCGAUCACCCGGGACCCCUGCUUUCUUACCUGCCGCGAACCUCUUGCACCUACUGAUUGACAAGAUACAUGUAUAUAGUCAGCACUAGUCUCAAAGCAUUUGCUAUAUAUAAUCAUUUCCGCGGGCGUUAGUCA